AUGUCGACUCGUCGUCAUUCCGGGAUUAUCUUGGUCCUGUGUUGUAUAAACUUGAGUUAUAGCUACAGGAUCAUAGAAAGCAAUGAAGUUGCUAAAACAUGUACAGCCAUAAAUAAGGAUAUAAUAUUCGAGGAACCACAUUUGAAUAAUAAUCAACGGGAAUUUUACGACAUUCGCGAAAUACCACGAAGACAUCACUUCAAUUCGAAUAAAAAAGAAAUCCAAUCUGAAAACUGGCUUUUGCGAAUUAUUAGAAUAAAAACCUCAAACGAUGGACCGAGACAUAAAGUCACAGAAAUAAAAGAAGAUAAACAUAUGGAUGGAUUUGGCAAGAGGCUUUUUAAUAUUCUAAGAAAGACUCUUAGAAUGCAUGAGCCUUAUUAUAACCACAACAAUGAUCAUAAGGAUCUGUUCGUCUUAAAGAAAAAUCCUUUUCCACAUGAACAUCACAUUGUGAAAAGGGAACAACCUGUGCAAUACAAUUACAUGUAAUUUAACCCAUAUACAUUAAGGCUCA